UCUCCCUCAUCCCAUAAGAAAAAGAAACCAAUGAGUCCCAAAAGCAUUUUUUCCACUGUUCUUGUUGCCAUUUUUGCUGUUUUUGCAUCCAGAGUUGUCAUAAAUCCAAGCCCUGAGUUCCUCAAAUAUCUUGUUGAUUUUAGUAUAACCACUUGUUCAUCCUCAUCCAUCAUUGCAACAUUCAUUCCAUUUUACUUCGACAGCCUACAUCGACAUCAUCGUAAACACCCUGAUAAGGGCAAAACAGGAUCAAUUUGUGAUGACUUCCCACCAAACUUUCCACCUCCUGAAACCAACACAACGUUGACGCUUUGUGUUGAUCGAAACGGGUGUUGCAACUUCACGACAGUGCAAUCAGCAGUUGAUGCAGUUGCAAACUUUAGCAUGAGAAGAACCGUAAUAUGGAUCAAUUCGGGCAUUUACUAUGAGAAAGUCACUAUUCCAAAAACCAAACCCAAUAUUACAUUUCAAGGACAAGGCUAUACAUCAACUGCAGUUGUUUGGAAUGACACUGCUAAUUCUGCUAAUGGCACCUUUUAUAGUGGUUCUGUUCAAGUUUUCUCCGCCAACUUUAUUGCUAAGAACAUUAGCUUCAUGAAUGUAGCUCCUAUCGCACGUCCUGGUGAUGUUGGGGCACAAGCAGUGGCAAUUAGAAUAGCAGGAGACCAAGCAGCCUUCUGGGGUUGCGGAUUCUUUGGUGCUCAAGACACACUUCAUGACGACCGAGGUCGCCAUUACUUCAAGGAUUGCUAUAUACAGGGCUCAAUCGACUUCAUUUUUGGGAAUGGAAGGUCUCUAUAUGAGAAUUGCCAGUUGGUUUCCAUGGCAAACCCCGUUGCUCCGGGAUCCAAAGGCAUAAAUGGAGCCGUCACGGCACAUGGAAGAGCUUCCGGGGAUGAGAACACCGGGUUUGCAUUCGUGAAUUGUAGCGUGGGAGGAACAGGAAGAAUAUGGCUAGGUCGAGCGUGGCGACCAUUCUCGCGGGUAGUUUUUGCUUUGACAUCCAUGACAGAUAUUAUUGCACCAGAGGGCUGGAAUGACUUCAACGAUCCUGCAAGAGACCAGACCAUCUCCUAUGGAGAGUAUAAUUGCACGGGUGACGGAGCUAACACGACUUUGAGAGCCCCUUACGUUCAAAAGCUGGAUGAUACUCAAGCUUCUAUUUUCCUUAAUACCUCCUAUAUUGAUGGGGAUCAGUGGUUGCAAUCCUACAAUAAUUAGCAACCUUACUCAACAUUGAUAGUGAUCCCCGAAUAAUUCAUGUAAUAAUAACAUAAUGGAAUGAUGCUACUUGCCCUAACAAUUUAAUUUA